AGCCAGUCCUGUGGCCAGUUCCCGGACUCCACAACCUGCCCGCCCCCACAACUGCGCAGAGCCAGUUCCUUGAGCUGUCUUGGUUUUUCCAAUUCUAAAGAGGCUCUGGCCUGUCUCAGGUCUCUCAGAACAGGUUCUUAGUGCCUGUGCAUCAACUGAGCGCCAAGCCUGUGUCCAGUCUGCAGAUCUGCACCUCUGCAGUUCCCAGCGGGCUGUGACAACUGGAAAGGAGGAGAGACCUGCCCAGUAUCCCAGCAGGACAGGAAAAGGAGGGAAAUCUCGACAUGGAAGAACUCCAUGGUGAAAAAGAGGGAAAAUUGGCAAAGGAGGGAAAGCCAGAAGAUGAAGUAGAGCCUGAAGAUGAAGAAAAGUCCGACGAGGACGACAAGCCGGACAAGAAAGCGAAGCCAGCACACGAGGGGAAGCUAGAGAAUAAGGCAGAGCCAGAUGCACAGGGACAACCACGAGAUGAGGGGAAAUCAGAAAAGCGGGGAAAGUCUGAAGGGGAGGGUCACCGCCAAGGGGAGGGCAAGCCUGAUUCCCAGGCAAAGCCAGCCAGUGAGCCAAGGGCCGCAGAAAAGCGUCCUGCUGAAGAUUACGUGCCCCGGAAAGCAAAACGAAAAACAGACAGGGGGACAGACGAUUCCCCCAAGGACUCUCAGGAGGACAGGCAUGUAAGCAGUGAGGAGAUGAUGAGAGAGUGUGCAGAUAUGUCAAGGGCUCAGGAAGAGCUGAGGAAAAGGCAGAAAAUGGGUGGUUUUCCCUGGAUGCAGAGAGAUGCACAGGAUGCGUUCGCCCCCAGGGGCCAGCGUGGAGUCAGGGGAGCGAGGGGCGGAGGCAGGGGCCAAAGGGGCCUACACGAUGUCCCAUACCUUUAAUGCCUUUGGCCUUCGAGUCUGACUUCUCAGAUGAGAAUAUUGCUGGCCCUGCUUUCCCUGGUAGAUACUUGCCAGGCCCUGUGCUUUAACCUUGAGCCGAUACUCUGCUUUAGGUGUCACUGUCCUUACCAGCAGCCUUUUGACCCAACUACAGUGCUCUCUGUCUUCUAGUACAGGAUUUCACCCAUGUGCAUGGAAAAUAUGUUCAUGGUAUGUUGUAAAAAUGAAUAAACAAAACAGUUUGCAGAACUACA